CGAACGGUCAUAGGAACCUCGUCCACACUCCACAGCGCAAGAACAGACGGAUAGCUAUUAACUAGCUAGCAAAAGGACAUUGAAUUUAACACAAUCAGAAAAUAUCUGUUAGGUUUUCUUGUAUGCUGUAGAAGACCUGCCGAAGAUAACCAGGAUGUUGAAGAUACCACAGACCUGGCUGCUGACAGCAAUCGUCUUCUGUCAUGUCAUCGCUUGUCAAGGGAAUACAUCGAAACAACCGCACAUCAUCUUCAUCCUAGCCGACGACCUUGCAAUCAAUGAUGUGAGUUUCCGUAACCCCGAGGUUCGAACCCCAACCAUCGACAGGCUGGCGUCAGAGGGCGUUCUGCUCGACUACAUGUACGCUCAGCCAUCUUGCUCCAUGUCGCGGGCGGCGCUGCUGACUGGACGCUACCCUCACACCAUGGGCAUCGGAAAGGUCUUUGUUAAUCAGGACAACAGGUCAAUACCUGUGGAUAUCAAGUUGCUACCUCAGUAUCUUAAAGACCAAGGGUACAAGACUCACAUGAUUGGCAAGUGGCACGGAGGUAUGUGUGACCGGAUCAUGACACCAACCAGGCGAGGCUUUGACACCUUCUCUGGAUGUCUCUAUGGCAACAACGAACAUUACUUGGACUUCCUCGAUGCACCUUUUGACUUUUGGUCCAAUGAAACACUAGACCAUUCAGUGGCAGGUGAGUAUGACACAGAAGUUCUCACACAGAGGACAGUCGAUGUCAUCGUCAACCACAAAGAGAACGGCUUACAACAACCACUCUUCAUCUACUUGGCUUAUAAGGCCGUGCACAGCCCUUUACAGGCUCCAGACAUCUACAAGCAGAGGUGUCAACAUAUCCAGGACACGCUGCUACAAGAGCGUUGCGCUAUGCUGGUUGCUGUUGACGACGGCGUAAAAAACAUCACCGACACGUUAGAGCGCGAGGGCUACCUGGAUGAACCUCUGCUUCUCAUUUUUAUGAGUGAUAAUGGAGGCGCAACACCAUAUGGGUGA